GUUUCUUAUCUAGGCCUACGUGUGACGACUGAUGGUUAGAUAGCUUUAAAGAUAAAUACUUCUGGUUGUUCACUUUGCAUAUCUAAAUAUUUCAGAAACCAGUCACCAAAUAAUACACUGACCUUCGAACCGGAAGCAAAUUUGUGGGGUCAUGGACGCUUUGAAACGUUUUCUGUCGAAUGCACGCAUGUAAACAGAUCCUCUUGUUUUGUUGGUGUAAGACAAUCAACAGGUCAUGCAUGCCUCUCAAGGGGGUACGAAUUUGAAACAUUAGUAUUGCAGUAAAUUAUUGAGCAAAAAUGUCUAUGGAAGAUCCGUUUUUCGUCGUCAAAUGUGAGGUCCAGAAGGCGGUGAACACUGCCCAAGGUCUGUACCAGAGAUGGAGCGAGCUGCUACAGGAUCCUAGUGGUACUUCCAAGGAGGAGGUGGACUGGACCACCAAUGAGUUGAGAAACAGUCUGCGGUCCAUCGAAUGGGACCUGGAGGAUCUCGAUGAGACCAUCAGUAUUGUUGAAUCAAACCCUAAGAAGUUCCAUCUGGAUGCAGUGGAGCUGACCAAACGGAAAGGCUUCAUCACAAGCACUAGACAAACUGUUAAGGAAAUGAAAGACCACAUGUCCAGUCCAACGGCCUUAGCCAUGUCAGACAAGAAAAAUAGACAGGCUCUGUUAGGGAACAGUGGGUCUCAAGGCCCAAUCUGGCAACCAGGACCCGACAAAUACACCCGUCUGGACCAAGAGCUACGUACGGCCAACUCGAUGUUCAUUGAUGAGCAGCAAACCCAGCAGCAGCUCAUGGCAGAGCAGCAGGAUGACCAGCUGGAGCUGGUGUCUGGGACCAUCGGGGUGCUGAAGAACAUGUCUGAGAGGAUUGGUAUGGAGCUGGAUGAACAGACCGUGAUGCUGGAUGACUUCUCCAAUGAGAUGGAAGGUACCCACUCCAGACUAGACAAUGUCAUGAAGAAGCUGGCCAAGGUCUCCAACAUGACCACCGACCGCCGACAGUGGUGUGCUAUCGGCAUUCUACUGGCCAUUCUGUUUGUGGUCGUCAUGCUCCUCUUCAUCCUAUGAUGACCGUCCACCACCACAACAACACCCCUGUCUCCUUUUCACCAUAGGGAUGGACUUUACUUGGGGCUUGGGAAAACAUCAAGGUUUCCAUUGACAUAGUCAUUUCCCUAUCUACCCCAACCCUCUUAACUACAUACUGCUGAAUAUACAGCGAUUCUUCUGUAGCUGGUGCAAGUUUCCUCUCAAGCAACAUUCUCAGUCGUCAUUUUAGCACUAAACUUAAACCUUCCUUGGCAUCUCUAUGUAGGAUUUGGCCCUAUGUGAAUACUAGGCCUCAAAAUAUUUUCCGGAAACCCAUUUGAGGUAAACCAGGGUGUAACCAGGGUCGUUGCAUACUCCUUGUGACAUUUUAGUGUUAAUAUUCAGAGUAUAAUGUAUGAGAUGACUCCACUCCGCUUAUCUAAUCGUUAGUGUUUUUAUUGAAAGGGGCUUGUCUAUCGUUUCUCGCUGGAAAAACCCCUACGGCUACCUGAUGCACUGUUGGCAUAAAACGUUUAUAUGUAUAUAUUAAACUGUAUAUAUAAUCUUAAUUGAAACAAAACACUGGAGUUCCCUAACAAGGAAAAUAAUAUAUAUUGCUAAGCGGGUAUACAUAUCACUAACCACACUAAAAUGGUUCAACUAAAUGUGUUAUUAUAUAUAUAUUUUUCUUAAUCUAUGUUUUUUCCUUUUGUACUAUAUGUAUUUUGGAGUGUUGGCUUAUACACGAUCAACAGGUGUUUAACACUCGCCUGCAAGAUCAAGUCGCUGCCAGCAAUACUGAACGUAGUGGAGCAUGUCCAUAGACAUCUGGAACAGGGCUCAAUCCUGAAUUUAUGUGUCUAAUGUGAGUAGUCUUAUCUUGUACGUAAAGUGGCAUGAUCUAGAAGUCCUUCGCCCACAUGUCUAUAUGUUUGAUAUCUUUCAGUCCGACAACAUUUCACCAUGAGGGCCAUUCUAAAGACUUCAAUACAUGCUUAUGAACAGUGUGUGACACACCCCCAGGUGUACUUGAAGGUAGCAUGUCAACAGACCUAAGGUUCUUUAUCUCAGCGACUAAGGGUCAUGCAUUUGUUUUGGAAUGUGGUUUUUACAAGGCCCUAAUACCAAAGGCUUGUGUUUUUUUUUUCGCUAAUUGAGAAGCCUGACCUGUGUUGUGGUUAAUCAGUGUUACAGGAACCCUGUUGUAAUAAGGAUCAUUAGGGCACUCCGUAGCGAAACAUUUUGCAACAGAAAAGUAAUGUUUAAUUUCAGUCAGCUUUCUUCUGUUUGGUGCUUAAUGAAUACAGCCCUGGUAGUUGUGAUAAGACAGAGAACAUCUAUCUACAUAGCCAGUGCUGUCUGCUGAUACUGUAGUAGGCUGAUGCUGUAUGUUAUGCUAGGGCUGGAAACGUCAUUUUGAUCUUGCUUCCCUGUACCUCGCCCCUACCUUGGGUUCCAGGAUAAGUUGUAAAUUGAGGGUUGAAUGAAUCUGCUCUCAGUGUGUUCCUAUACAGUUCAAGGAGAAUGAUACUGUUAUGUUGGUUAUCGUGGAAACCUGGUAACAGUUUGAUCUGAAAAGGCCUCAAUUCAUUUGAGGACUUGAUAUGAAUGUAAUACAUUAAUUGACUGUAUUUUAGGUUGUACCACCUCAAUCCACAAGUGACAGUAAAUCAAGACAGUCAAAUAAUGCAAUUCACCAGAAUGAUAAGGGUCAUGUGAUGGUACUACUAUAUGAAAUAUAAUGGACACUUGUGAUCAAAUCUGAGUUCUGACAACACUCCACUAUCUUCUUUUAAAGGUUUUAUGAAGUUAGAAAGAAAUAUUGUAUGUCAAUUGUUUUUAUUUGUUUAUUUAUUAUUUCAUGACGGUUAGUUAACACACGUUUACUGUAAUAGGAAUACAGUAUUGCAUUUAUAGUGUAUAUGACAUCAUUAGGUAGAAAACAUUUACUAACAUGUCUUUGUUUACUUUGUUUUCUUUUUCAAAUGGUCUCUUUUAAGCGUCCACACAUUUUCAGCGGUGUUAUAUCUGGUAGAAAGGGUGUAACUUGGUUGAAAAUAUUGGCAUUUAUUUCAGAUUAUGGAUAUUUUGAAAGCAUGACAAUGACCCAGGCAGUGAUGUACCAUCUCAGAAUCACUUGUCGGUCACAAUUUUGAAUUUGUUGAAGUUGCAAGUAAUUGUGAUGCUGUAUUACGAUACAAAGUACCCUUAGUAUUAAAUACUGUACUUAAUGCACAACAAAGUCACUGGUGAUACGUGGAUGAGACCUAUUUGGAAUAUGUGAUAAUAAACAGUACUGUUUGUGGAGAAUGGGUACAGUCCAUGACAUUGGAAGUCAUGAUUAGUGUUUGAUUGGGUGAAACAACUGUGUUCCCAGAGAGGAGGAGGCGAAGCGAGAGGUUUCACUCGCCAAAAUCUGAUUUAAGCUUGUCGCCCGCCUUUGGGACAACGACUGCCAUUUUUAGGGCAGAGACAUAAGCAUGAUCUCGUCAUAUACAGAUCUUUGGUGUUCCUCUUCCUUGUUUGUGUAGUCAUGCGUCUGGAGUGUAUGAAAAUGCUUUUUACCCUUGAACUUUGACCUCAUGUCAUCGUAUCAUGGCUGUGUGUCUGUCCUGAAAAUAAAACAGCAAGCAGGAUGCUGCGAAGAUUCA